UCCAUAUUUGUUCAGCCUCCUUGAUUCAAAUACCAGGAACAACUCAGCCGGCACAAAGCGAAGCUUUGGGGGGCGAAAAACUCACACCCCCAUCGGCGUGCGCACACACACACGCACGUGAAAGCCUCAAGUCCGGCGGCAUGGGAAAGGAGGACAAGAAAGCCCAGCGCAGCACGUCCCCGAAUAACCAGAGCCAGACAGGGAAGGCRCCCGGAGGGGAGAAGGGCACCGACUCAACGCAGGAGCCUGCGAUGAAGAAGAAGAAGAAGCAGAGGAAAGCCAAGGGGGAUCCCAAAACUGGCCAGGAGGAGGAAUCCCACACUUGUUGUGGCUGCCGUUUCCCRCUGCUCCUCACUUUGUUGCAGCUGGCGUUAGGCACCUCUGUAACAGUGCUGGGCUUCCUUAUGGCAGGCAUCAGUUCCUCUCUGCUAGUCAGAGACACUCCAUAUUGGGCUGGGAUAAUUGUCUGCGUGGUGUCCUUGGUGGGAUUUGUUAUGCUUUGUAUUUCGUACCAACCCGAUGAGAAAACGUGUUUGCAGUUCACAGUGAAGCUGCUCUAUUUUGUCCUGAGCGCCCUGGCUCUGGUGGCCUGUGUUUUGGCAGUGGCUUUUGCCGCACACCAUUACCUGCAGCUGACAAAGUUCACCUGYGACAGCACCCCGGAGUUCUGCCAGUGCAAACUGGACACCGCCGACCCCCUGGGCCGGACCUUCGUGUACCAGGACGCGGCCGACUGCGGCAGCCUGAGCAGCACGCUCAGCCUGUACCUGCCCCUGCAGAUGGCUCUCAACCUGGUGGCGGCCCUUGUGUGUCUUGUGACGUGCUUUGUGGUGUGGAAGCACCGCUACCAGGUUUUCUACGUGGGCGUUCGCUUCCAGCCUCUCACUGCCGCCGAGGGCCACGGGCAGCAAGUGUAGGGCUGGGCUGGCAGGGGGCUGUGGCCAGGGAAUGGGAACCGCAGGCACUGCGGAGGGAUGGGUGCUUGGAAGGGCUCUGACGAGGGGAAAACGCUCACAUGGCUUUAAUGAAUAUAUUUUUCAAUCAUUUUAAGAGCAUUUCUUACGGCUGCUCUUGGAGAAAGGCCUCUUGUGAGAUUAGCGAGAGGUCACAGAGUCCUAAAGAUGCAGCUGUACAAAUGCUCACCAAAGAGGAUCUUUAACAGCCACAGAUAAAAUCAUUGGGAACUCGUCUGCAGGGCUACAGCCAUUACAAAAUAGKGGCCAUUUCCCUCCUGCCUUCAGAGAAGCUAUGCCAAUUUCUACCAGAUAAAGAUCCAAAAUGCUUAAUUAUAACUAUGGGAACAUGCUUCGGGAAUAUAUCAUAUCUUGGUGCUCUGGGUGUAAUCCACACUAACCUGAUGGGAAUUUAACAUUCAGAAAUGUAAUAGGGGAGGUCAAGACUUCUUCAGAUGCAGGUUGAGACCAACAGCAAAAUGAAUUUAUUGACAGCUGCCAUAUAAAAUAAAUACACGCUUUUCAGAGUGACUAAUGAUACAGGUUGUCUAACCUAAUUACUAAUAAACAACAAUAUGAGUGAGUUCACUGAUGGUUGUUUGGUGGGCCCUACUUGAGACCCCAGGCAGAUUUCUGAAGUUUGGGAGAAAAGAUCAGUUUAAGGAACCAUGAGCUGCACUCCUAAAGUGGAAAGACCCUAAAUCACUAGUCAUGUUGAAAACGAUGUCCAUAUUGCUCACAAACCUGGAUUUUAGCCAGUUCCACCAAUUAUACUCCAAGCACAAAAGGCCAAAUGCAUUUUUGGUGUAACUCCUCUGAAGACAAUCAGCCUUACACACYAGCAGUGGAGUUGGGCCAACAGCCCUGAAAGAUAUAUCCCUGCAACAAUGAAUGYUUUUAAAAUGGGGUGGAGGGAGGGAAGCAAGAAGAGACUGCCAGUCUCCCAAAGACACCUUUGAGAAUGACGAGGGCAACAGAAUGAUGUUUUCUUAAUUAUUCAAACAGUGCUUUUUCACCCUGAAAGUACAGCUCUAGAAGUACUUUAUAUCUUAUUAGCCUUAUCCAAUACAACUACGUUGGUUUGUCUCUUGAACUGCCAUUUCCACUUGUACAGCAUGGACAUCUAAAUUUAGGAGCCAUUCUGAAUUGGUAGCACUUUGGAUGGCCUCCUGAUCCGUAUCUGUGCAAGAGCAAGGCAGCUGGUGCUCACACCCUGCCAUGGCGAGGGAUUUCCCGAUCCCAGACAGAACAAGGAUGUCUCUGAGGYGGGGUGGAGCAAUCACAUGCCAGAAAAAUUGUGCCAUAAUCAUUAGCUAGGAGGAAGCAAAUGAAAUUUAUGUAAGGCUUCAAAGAAACAAAAACAACUUUCUGCAGCAAAAAUAGCUAUCAGGAGGUCAAAAACCCAGCCCGGCAAAACCCAGUUGUCUAACGAGCUCUAAUCCUUCMAAAAAACUGUCUUCCAUAUGGUAAUCAUAUACCUUCCAGGGAUUAGGCCACCAAACCUCCAGGGUCAGAAGAUCAGAGCAUCAUGAAGUGUCCUGUGGCCCCCUAGAACACUGCUGGGUGCAUGGGCUGCAGUUUUAGUCAUGGAAAGUGCCUCUGGAGCAGACAUAGCAUCACCAAGGUGCUCUCUGCCAAGCCACAGAACGAGGAGCUGCAGAGGAUGAGGGGGUUUGAGAUCUGCUUCCAAAUAAAAGCAACAAGCACUAGUAAGCCUGGCCGCAGGGCACGUUUGCAAGGGUGCCCGUGUCWCCACCCAUGCAAAGAGCUCAGCCUGCCUCCCAGGCACUGCUGGGGCAAGCUGAGACAGGAGAGGAGCGGGCGGGAGGGCUGGUGAUGGCAGACUCAUCUGCCGGCAUCCUCGGGGCCAUCCGUGCAGAACCCAGCCCAUCUCCCACGGCUCUGGCGAAAUCUGCUGCCAGCAGCACUCACAGACCUGUGCCCGGGCCAUCCUCCCUGGAGGAUGGGUACACGGGGAUGUCUCUCAUCUGGAGGUACUCACUCUGUCCCCCAUCCCGCACASAGCUCCAGCCGUGCUCUCUGGGCAAGCUCAGGGCAGAGGAUGUACCUUCCUCCUACCUACACGGCCCUCAGCGCACCUGUCCCUCCCUCCAGCUGAAAACGUGGGGUCCUCUCUCCACAAAGGAGAUAACAAGAAGCAGGAAAGGAUCAGAGGGAGUGUGAGUGACAGCUGAGCUUUGGGUGGCUGGUGAACACCGAUGGCAGAGCAAGAGGAAGGCUCUGCUGGCAGAGCAGGGCGUGCUUCCCCCCGAAUGUCAGGGGACAGUUUGGUGGCUGGCAGCAGCACUGAGCCGCUGCGACACGGCUGGCCAGCCCCGGCCGGCGGCAUUUCCACCAGAGCCGCCCUUUGUCUCCCUAAUCCCCUGACCUCCGCCUCACCCACAUGUUGUCACUCGCUGUCGCCCGUCGCCUCCCAGGUGCUGGGCUCUCGGAGCUGUCCCAUGGGGCUGGGCUGGCCGUGCCCGGCUUUGCCGGCUCAGCCCGGGCUGAGAUUUGCCGGGGCUGCUCUGGAGCACGGCAGACGCAGCGGGGAUGAUCACAGAGCUGCUGUAAAUGCUUUCGGCGUGUCGGCAGGGAGGAGAAGGGAGGUCUGGAUAACAAGCUGUGCACCUCCAUAUCAGCACACCCUCCGCUUCCAGCCGCCGCCGAGCUCGGGUCGCUAAUCAGCACGAUGCAGCUUAACCCUCUGCUCCGGAAGAAAGCAAUAUUCAUCAUGUAUUCUAUUGGUGGUUCAUAUGCUUAAUGAAUAAAUACGGGGCAUUUUGAUCUAGCAAAGAUUAACUUCUUUAUUUCCUUUUCAUGUAUCUCAAGAGCAUAAAAUUGAAACAGGAGAGAUGGA